AUCUAUAAAUAAUAUAAAACGUAUGUGAAUAUGUUUUGAUUAUGAUGCGUUUUAGAAAAAAUGUGUAUUAAAAAAUAAAGAGUUUCCAACAAUUCCAGUAAAAAAAUGUAUCAUUAAAAGUGUUGUAUACGACUGACGACUGUACGAGCUAGCUAGUAUAAUAUUGUACCUAGUCAAAAACUGAAAAACAUUCAUGUAAAUUCGUUACAGAACUGCCAAUCCCACCCCUUUAAGAUGUGGUCUAGGUCAAGUCACAUACAAAAGCAUUCGUUAGUGUGUACGAUGAGCUGAUAGCUUAUGAAAUUAAAAUAGACUUUGCUGUCAGUCAGAGUACUUUUAUACCGGAUGUAGGGGGCGAGGGUGAUCCGGGGCCCAUGCCCCGGGCGCUAAUCAUAGAGGGGCGCAAAUUUCAAAUUUUAAACGCAUAAAGCAUAUAGCAUAGGGGCGCUGAUAUUAUAUUGUGUCCUGGGUAACAUCAUUUGUAGAUCCGGUACUGCUUAUAAGAAAGCCCGGAAUGCAGCAGAGACGGAUCUGCUGCCGAGAUCUGAGCCCCUCCACGCCACUCACAUCGACACUACUUGUACACUUUAUAAAUUUUUGCUGAAACUAAACCGUCAUUGUUCACUGUUGAAAAUCGUGUUCAAGACUAUUUAUUGAAAAACCACCAAUAUCCGGAUCGCUGGCAGCCCGCAUGAGGCAACAAUACUCUAUAAUAUAUGUUGUGAAAAUUAUCCAAAACUCAUGAGAUAUUCCACGCUAGUGGAGUUGAUUCGUAAACGAAAAUAACGUUUCCUACAUGGCUACAUAAACGAAAUAAAAAAAUACAUUUUGCCAUAAUGGCCACGCGCUGUACACUUGUCAUACACUAUUAUAAUACCUACUCACUCGUUAACAUUCAAAACGGUCUUUAAGUCGAUAUCAAACGUUUAUUUUUAUUGCCGCGCAGACGAACACUUUUUUUUUGAGAUUCCAUAAAUCAUAAUGCACGAUAAAUAUUGGUGAACACUAAAUUUUAAUCACGCACUCCAAUUUUCACGACGCAUAUUAGGUAUUAUGACGUGUUUCAUUCUAUUGAUUAAAACUAUCUUAAUUUUGAUUUUCUACUCCGGGCCCGAGAGGAGGAUUUAUAUAGAUAUAUAAUAUACGGUGUCUGCUGCGCAAAACUAUAAUAUAUUAAUCAUUUUAAUAUUACCAUACAUCGCAUUGUAACAGGAACGCAGAUAUUGUCUGGGACCCGCGAUGCUGGACCGGACGAUGAGCGCUAACAAGCUGUGCGGUAACGUGGCACAGACGCAUUUCACGAUCCAGACAGCGGUCGCCUACCUGGCGUCUCUGUUGUUCAAACGAAAGCAAUCGCUGAUCGUUUACGGGGCCGCCGAAAGGUGUGAAAAAAGAAAAUUUUACACCGUACCAUAACAUAGUGUAUCAUAUAUACUCUAUAGUAUUGUACAGUGUAUUCGACGAUAGAGGUAACACGAACAGUUCCAACGCGUGACUUUGAAUUUGAUUCGGGGUCUUUUUUUACAGGACUAUUGUUAUCGUUUUGAAUUUUGAAAUUUUCAAUCGCGCCACUAUUUUAUAGAUAAUAAUUGCAGCUACGGCCUAUUGACUUGUGUAUAAUUUAUUUUAUUUAUGUUCAAGGAUAAAUGACUAUUACAACUAUUUCGUGAACUUGGGCGUGCAGAACUGCAAAUUGCUCACCGAGGAUUUCCUUCAGUCGAGUUCCAACAAUCAGCUAUCGCUGGAUAUCGUAUCCGUACUGGCUACACCGCCAAACACCAACACUGGGGUCACGGAUCCCGUUCAAUUGGUGUGUUCGAAAGGUGGAGACCUUACGUUACUCAGGGCUGUGGCGUCGUUGGACUACACCGAGGAGUCGUCGGACAUACCUUGCAUGUUGGACCAGAGAGACACUCUACGGAUGGCCAUGUCUAAACCUCAGGUGCAAAUCGUAGUGUACGAAACACAUUCCCGGUUGGAGUUGGAAAACGGUGGUAUGGUUAGGGCAGUGGUCGAAGAGAUGAACGGAUGGGCGUACGAGAAGCACAACAUGGACAAUUAUUCAUCGGUGAGCGCCGACGAUAGCAACAAAUUCAGCACUUCUGUUGAGACACCCUGGCGGCCGGCGGUUUUCCAUCCGGUUCAGAUUCCUGACAAGGAUCGGUUUGAAACAAUGAUACUGUAUCCAGAUAAAUCAAUUGAGAAUAUGGAGAAGAAUCAUGUUACUGGAAGCCUUUAUUUGGCGGCCGUCAAAAGGGUGGAACUGAUGACUUUUGAUGCAAACCAUUUGAUACGAAUGGCUGAGCAAAGAGGACUAUUCGGCAAGCCUGUGAAGGGGCGCAAACAAAAGAUCCCCAGUCCCAUUAUAUUGUUGUCUCUGACCAAUAGCGAUGAACCCAGAGUGAUGUUGAAAUUUGAGCAAAUGCACGUUUUGGUGCCUACACAUGCAUUUCUACAACGUUGUGCCAACAGAAUACUACAAUGUCCUCGUUUUGGUAAACCUUAUGACAACACAUCCAUACCUACCCGUUGGUGGAGAAUAAGCGUACACCAUGUAAUCAGAGCAUUGAGGAAACCUUUUUUUGCAUGGACCAAAGUGCAAAUGGUUAGAUUUGGAAAACGUACAAAUAGAAUACCACUAAGAUUGAAAAAAGUCACUACAUCUUUCCAACCGCAAAAAACAAAACGGAUUUAUUUGUGUUCAUAUAUAUGUUAGUGACGUAUAGUAUAAUUAAUA